AUGUCCCUGUGGCCACUGAAAUUUCAGGCGGUGGGUGAGGAAGACGAGGAGGUUGAGGAGGAGGAGAGCCUGGACUCCGUGAAGGCCCUGACAGCCAAGCUGCAGCUGCAGACACGGCGGCCCUCAUAUCUGGAGUGGACAGCCCGGGUCCAGAGCCAGGCCUGGCGCAAGGCCCAACCCAGACCUGGGCCUGGGGGACCUGGGGCUAUCUGUGGCUUCCACUCAAUGGACUGCGCCCUUGAGUGGCUCCGACGGGAGCUGCGGGAGAUGCAGGCUCAGGACCGGCAGCUGGCAGGACAGCUGCUGAGGCUGCGAGCCCAGCUGCACCGGCUGAAGGUGGACCAAGCCUGUCACCUGCACCAGGAGCUGCUGGAUGAGGCCGAGCUGGAGCUGGAGCUGGAGCCGGGAGCUGGCCUGGCCCUGGCCCCGCCGCUGAGGCACCUGGGCCUCACACGCAUGAACAUCAGCGCCCGGCGCUUCACCCUCUGCUGAGGGAUACUUACGCAUCUCACAGGUCACCACUGCUCCUUCCCCACCCUGCCUGGGAAGAAGGAAGGGAGGGUGCUCCAGAGAAGGGGUGGGGGGGCACUCAGGUCUCUCAGAGCUGAGUUCUAAGAGCACAGAGCCCCAGCAUCCUGUCAUCCCUGCUGCCUCAGCUGGUGAGGGGGAAGAAACCCCAAGGUCCUCAAUAAACUCCCUCUCUGUUUCCCCU